GUGAUACUGGCCAAGGAGCAAGAACAUGGAUAAAACAAAUUUUGAAUCAAGACAUGGCUUUCCAACAUAUAAAAGUAAUUUACCCCACGGCUCCUGCCAGGCCGUAUACACCUAUGAAAGGAGCCCUUUCCACAGUGUGGUUUGACAGGUACAAGAUCUCUAAUGACUGUCCAGAACACAUUGAAAGUAUUGAUUUGAUGUGCCAGGGGCUUACAGACCUGAUCAAUGAUGAGGUUAAAAACGGCAUUGCAAAGAACAGGAUACUAAUAGGAGGCUUUUCGAUGGGAGGUGGAAUGGCAAUGCAUUUAGCAUAUAGGUUUCAUCAAGAUCUGGCAGGAGUCUUUGCUUUGUCUAGUUUUCUCAAUAAAGACUCUGCUGUUUACCAGGCUUUGAAAAGAAAUGAAAGUGUUCUUCCAGAAUUAUUUCAGUGUCAUGGAACUGCUGAUGAACUAGUUCUUUACUCGUGGGGUGAAGAGACCAACAAGAUGUUAAAGUCACUGGGAGUAUCAACAUCACUUCAUACUUUUCCAAACCUUCAUCAUGAGUUAAGCAGAACUGAAAUCGAAAAACUAAAAACUUGGAUUGUAAAGAAAUUACCUGUUGAAGCAGCAAAGACAAACGAAUAA